UCACGUGACUCCUCGCCCGUCGUCACAUGACCAAGGCGUCGGGGAGGCGGAAGUGGGAAGAAGAAGAAGAAGGUGAAGCAGGAGCCGCGCCGCCGGGCCCCGAUGAUGAAAUGGCUUCUGCAGAGCUCUCUGGAGAGAAGUCUCCACUUACCGUGAAAGUUAUAUCGGCAAAGCCCAAGGGGCAUGGUGGCCGCCAGUCUCGGAUCACCUCCUUCGUGGAGGUGAUGGCCGAUGGGCUCUCCAGCGAGACCAAGAAGACGGCAAAGAAAGCAGGGAGCUCUGAGCUGCUCUGGAACGAGAGCCUUGUGCUGAAUGUCACGCCUCAGACCCAUCUGGACGUCAAAUUGUGGAGCUGCCACACUCUGCGGAAUGAGCUGCUGGGCAUGGCGUCCGUCAGCCUCUCCAACCUGCUGAAGCAGAGCAAGGGGAAAGUGGAGAACAAGCAGCUGACCUUGAACCUGCAGAUGGAGAACAAAGGCAACCUUGUCUCAGGCGGGGAGCUGACGAUUUUCCUGGAUGGCCCCAGUGUUGAUGUGGGAAGCCUGCCGAAUGGCAGCGUUGUGACGGAGGGGUCCCAAGGGGCUGGGAGAGACCCCAGCGGAGGCUUGGCUCCUUCCCCUGAGAACAGGCACCAGAUUCCUAACACCAACUGUUUUGGCGGCCGGUCCAGAGGACAAAGACAUGGGGCUGUCAGAGCAGCCAGGCAGAUUCCGGUCAAUGGGGAACAAAGUCCAAGCCCCUGGGCUUGGCAGCAGCCGGCAGACAAGGUCCAGACAAGCGCCAUGAAUGGCACAGUGAAUGGGGAGUCUACUAGCUCUGUCCCUGAUGCUGAAGAAGAACCAGGUGUGGCCCCUGCGGCUGUGUUGAGGGUGACUGCCGACUCAGGUGCAACUCAGGACUCUGCUGGGGCAGAGGAAUCAGCCCCUGGCCCUGGGAACCAGUCUUCCCAACCAGCUGCGCAAGCUCUGGAGACACUUCCCCCAGGGUGGGAACAGCGAGAGCUACCCAAUGGGAGGGUGUAUUACGUGGACCACAACACCAAGACCACCACCUGGGAGCGACCUCUUCCGCCAGGCUGGGAGAAGCGUGUGGACCCCCGUGGGCGGUACUACUAUGUGGACCACAACACACGCACCACCACAUGGCAGCGCCCCACGGCUGAGUACGUGCGCAACUAUGAGCAAUGGCAGAGCCAGCGCAACCAGCUCCAUGGCGCCAUGCAGCAGUUCAGCCAGCGCUUCCUCUAUCAGUCCUCGGGCACCCCAGCUGACAAUGACCCCCUCGGCCCCCUUCCUCCUGGAUGGGAAAAGAGACAGGACAACGGUCGCGUCUACUAUGUGAACCACAACACUCGCACCACGCAAUGGGAGGACCCCCGCACACAGGGGAUGAUCCAGGAGCCGGCGCUGCCCCCCGGCUGGGAGAUGAAAUAUACGAACGAACGGGUGCGCUACUUUGUGGACCACAACACCCGCACCACCACUUUCAAAGACCCUCGCCCUGGGUUCGAAUCAGGUAGCAAACAAGGGGGCUCCCCUGGCGCCUAUGACCGCAGUUUCCGCUGGAAGUUCCACCAGUUCCGUUUCCUCUGCCAUUCGAAUGCGCUGCCCAGCCAUGUCAAGAUCAGUGUCUCACGGCAAACGCUCUUUGAAGAUUCCUUCCAGCAGAUCAUGAACAUGAAGCCCUACGAUCUCCGUCGGCGGCUGUACAUCAUCAUGCGUGGGGAAGAGGGGCUCGACUAUGGUGGCAUUGCCCGUGAGUGGUUCUUCCUCCUCUCCCAUGAGGUGCUGAAUCCCAUGUACUGCCUGUUCGAAUAUGCCGGCAAAAACAACUACUGCCUGCAGAUUAACCCGGCUUCGUCCAUCAACCCUGACCAUCUGACCUACUUCCGCUUCAUUGGCCGGUUCAUUGCUAUGGCUUUGUAUCAUGGCAAGUUCAUCGACACCGGCUUCACUUUGCCCUUCUACAAGCGCAUGCUCAACAAGCGGCCAACCCUCAAGGACCUGGAGUCUAUCGAUCCUGAGUUCUACAACUCCAUUGUCUGGAUCAAAGAGAACAACCUGGAAGAGUGUGGACUGGAGCUGUAUUUCAUUCAGGACAUGGAGAUCCUGGGCAAAGUGACCACCCAUGAGCUGAAGGAGGGUGGGGAGAGCAUCUGUGUCACCGAGGAGAACAAGGAGGAGUAUAUCAUGCUGCUGACGGACUGGCGGUUCACGCGGGGUGUGGAGGAGCAGACCAAGGCCUUCCUGGACGGCUUCAAUGAGGUGGCGCCUCUGGAGUGGCUGAGAUACUUUGAUGAGAAGGAGCUGGAGCUCAUGCUGUGUGGCAUGCAGGAGAUUGACAUGAGUGACUGGCAGAAGAACACCAUUUACCGGCACUACACCAAGAACAGCAAGCAGAUCCAGUGGUUCUGGCAGGUGGUCAAGGAGAUGGACAAUGAGAAGAGGAUCCGUCUCCUGCAGUUUGUGACGGGGACCUGCCGCCUGCCUGUGGGAGGAUUUGCCGAGCUGAUCGGCAGCAACGGACCCCAGAAGUUCUGUAUCGACAAGGUGGGCAAGGAGACCUGGCUGCCUCGGAGCCAUACCUGCUUCAACCGCCUGGACCUGCCUCCUUACAAGAGCUAUGAGCAGUUGAAGGAGAAGCUUCUCUACGCCAUUGAGGAGACAGAGGGCUUUGGGCAGGAGUGAAGGGCACCCAGAAGCCCUCUGGGGAAAAACAUACCACCCUGGGCUCCUGGGAGGGGAGCAAAAAUAGUCCUCCCACCAGGAUGAUAGCUGGGGGCUGACUUGUGGAGGUCCAAAGCUCAGGCGCUGAGAGAUCCUGCAGUUGGGAUGGCUGGAGGCGGCAGAAGGUUCUCUCCCCCCUCCGCUAAGUCUAGGGCAGCACCUGGCUCUCCCUGCCAUCUCAGUCUGUCAAACCACUCAACACCAAAGAAGCAGCUGCAACAUGUGCCCACCUGGCAGGGCAGAUGUGAGCCCCAUCUCCAAGUGUUCCCAGACCACCUUUUCCCCUUGCCAGGCUCCCAAAUCCUCUGCUGUGUCUGGAUGUAGUGGGCCGUGGUUGCAAGCUGCCUUGCCAGACACCCGCUUCCUUACCCCCAGGUCAUUAUUUCAACCACAAAGCAUAAACGAAUGAGCACUUUGGGGAAUCUCUUCCCCCAACCUCUCCUCCUUCCCCAGCAUAAGGCAAAAAAGAGCUGGGGAUGAUGGCCAGAGACUGCCAGAAUCCAAGGCAAAGUCCUUUCUGAUUUCCUCCCUCUCUGCUCCUCUUCCUUUCGUCCUGGGCCAAGUGAGGAAGGUCUUUGCUUCUUCCAGACCCACCUGAUUUUGGGGAAAAAAAACCCUGAAGUAAAAUUAAAAAUCAAAAAUGUGACCCUGGGUGGGGCUUGCAAGCAAUCUGCAACCCUUUUGUGUGCCCAGGAAAGCUAUCUUCACUUGGCCCUGCUCUGAGGGAACUGUUCAAACUAGCAAAGAGUACCCACUUGCCCCCAGCGCAGCUGACCCUGGCUUCAGGGGUAGAGGAAGAGCCUGCCACCCCACUGCAUCCCCCCCAGCCCUCUACCUUGGUGCCCACUGAGUCUUGCAAGAACAGGGCAGCUUUGGUAGAAGCGUCCGUACCCAAAGAGUUGCAGAGCUGGAGGGAGGUCUCUGCUGCAGGGAAACCACAACUCUGGCCUCAUGUCCUGAAAGGACGAGAAGAAUCCCACUCCCAAGAUUUGUGUGUGUGAGUUUGAUCCUAGGGUUGUGUGGUGCCUGCGUGUGGGGUAUCUGGGAGUAAGUCCAGAGUCACAUCCCAGAAUGAAAAUGAAUGUUCAGGCUCCCAAAAGGUUGUGUGCGUCUCCCUGCCCUGCGUGUGGGGUGAGUGUUUGUGUCUCAGCCUCUGCAAAGAGAGAGAGAGUGUGUGUGUGUGUGUAUAUAUAUAUAUAAAUAUAUAAAUCUGUAUAUAAAUGUCUGUGGAUACAAAGAAUUGCAAUGGCUUUUGAUGGGGAUCCUGGAUAGUUUUGUACUGCACCAUCCUGCCUCAGUGAUACCAAUUUCUUGUGCAAUAAAACAUCCGCAGCUGCUUGUGG